UCUGUCAGAAAGGAGGGAGGUAUUAUUUAAAAUGAGGGGGUAGAAUGUGGUUGUUUCCAGAUUCCGUUUGUGGAGGCUCAGAGAGAGAGAGGUGGGAGUCAAGAGACUGCCCGGGAUUGAGAUAGCAAUGAGUGUAAGCACCAGGAGAGGACAAAAAAAAUGUAACAAAAUAAACAGCUGGUAGCUGAGUCCCCUCGUUAUUGUGGCUGUGCUUGCACAGCGAGGUGAGCAACCUGUUGUAUUGGAUCGUCUGGCUUUAGUAGAGGAAGAUACAAAGAAAGAGAGAGAUACAUUCAGACAGGACCAGGCGGAGAGGGCAGAUGGAUGAUAUACGCAGAGUGGAGAAGUGCACCAGCUGGAUGAUUACCACAGACAAAUAAGGGAAAGGAUUUGAAGAAAUGUAUGAACUGUCAGCCCUGGGCAAAUGUUGGCAAUGAGGAACAGGGACCAGAGAUUUUCUGAAUCCAAAGCUCAACAGGCAUAGUGAGGUAUUUAAAGCAGGAGGCUGUUUAACUACCGGGAGACCUACUGAUUCAGGAGGUUUUGCCUUUCUGGUAAAGAAGAUUGAGGAUGGCAGCGCUGGGCACAGAAAGUUUCAGGAGUGGCACACCAGUCCAAACACCAGAAGGAAAUGUGGUGAUGAAUUUCAGUUUUGAUGGCUACCCACUGGAGGAGGAAGACCCUCAGACUAAAGAGAGACAGCGACAGGGCAGUACAGAUGUUGAGUCACAGCCCAAGGACAGCUACCAUGGCAUUUACUUUGCAAUGCUUUUGGCUGGAGUUGGAUUCUUACUGCCUUACAACAGCUUCAUCACUGAUGUGGACUACCUACACCAAAAAUAUCCAGGAACAUCCAUUGUGUUUGACAUGAGUCUCACGUACAUCCUUGUUGCAUUGGCAGCUGUGAUUUUGAACAAUGCAUUGGUGGAGCUACUCAGUCUUCACACCCGCAUCACUGUUGGCUACCUGUUUGCUUUGGGCCCCCUUAUGUUUGUGAGUAUCUGUGACAUUUGGCUGGAGCUAUUUACAGUACAGCAGGCAUAUGCCAUGAAUCUGGUGGCAGUGGGCAUUGUGGCUUUUGGAUGCACAGUGCAGCAAUCGAGUUUCUAUGGUUACACUGGAAUGUUGCCCAAACGCUACACACAAGGGGUGAUGACAGGUGAAAGCACUGCUGGUGUCAUCAUUUCCCUCAGCAGAAUCUUCACCAAGUUCCUGGUUUCUGAUGAAAGGAAGAACACCAUUGCCUUCUUCUUCAUUUCGAUCGGAAUGGAGAGCAUGUGCUUCAUCUUGCAUUUGCUGGUGAAAAGAACGCAAUUUGUGCGAUACUAUACCUCCCACAGCAGCAGGGGCCACGAGCGACUAAAGGACAAAAGUCAUGUGGAUCAGGGCCCUGGUUACCGGGUCCAUCAUAAUGUCAAUACAGAGGAAGUAAGAUUCGAAAACGGUAUAAUGGAAAGCCCCCAGUCUGAUGCACCUGACCAGGAUAUUCCAGCCACUGCAGUCUACAUGAGGUUUGAUGCACCAAAGUCAAAGUUAAGGAGAACCUGGCCAGGGUUCAGAGACAUGAUUCUGCACCGAUAUGUUGUAGCCCACAUUAUUUGGCCGUACAUGCUCUCCAUAGCUCUAACAUACUUCAUCACCCUCUGCCUGUUUCCGGGACUGGAGUCUGAAAUUCGGAACUGCACUUUAGGAGAAUGGCUGCCGAUCCUCAUCAUGGCCAUAUUUAACCUGUCUGAUUUUGUGGGAAAGAUACUGGCAGCUUUACCUUAUGACUGGAAGGGACUUCACCUGCUCAUCUGUUCCUGCACCCGAGUGAUCUUCAUCCCACUGUUCCUCCUGUGCGUGCUCCCAAGUGACCGGGCUGUUUUCAAUCAUCCUGCCUGGCCAUGUGUCUUCUCUCUGCUAAUGGGGAUUUCAAAUGGCUACUUUGGCAGUGUGCCAAUGAUCUUGGCUGCAGGCAAAGUCAACCCAGAACAGAGGGAGCUGGCAGGUAACACCAUGACCGUAUCCUACAUGUCGGGACUAACACUUGGAUCUGCAGUGGCCUACGUCACAUACAGCCUGACCAGUAUGUCUCAUACUUCAUGUAUUCACACUGAAACCAUCAACGCUUCUCUCACCACAGGAUUCUAAGCAAAGGCUCUCUUCACAUUCUCACGAGGGGCUAAAUGGAGAAACGCUAAAGGGUAUUUAGAUCAUCCCAUGGAAACAUUGCGUGGUGCGUGUCAUCUGAAAUUCAUAACAAAAACUAACACGUCUGGGACUUUGUUCUUGCUCUGCCCGUCCGAGAGAAUUGAAUGGCAUCACCUUCAUGAACAUGAAAAGCUUCUGUAAGAAGCUCCAAGUGGAAGUGUUACCCACCAGAAUCACGGACAGCCUUGACUUUAAUUGAGAUUGCAAACACUCCUGAAAUCUCAUCUAAGACUGCCUGCUUAUUGUUACUUUGUUUGCCAAUACCUUCCGUUUAGAAUUGCGCUCCUCCAGUUACAGAAGGGAACUGCUGUCCUCUCGAGUACAGCUUUCUCGAGCAGUGUAAGAGAAGUGGGUGAGGGGUUCUGUAAUUCUAUGGUUAAUGUUCUCCAGCAUUUUCCAGACCAAAAUCUGAAUGUACAUUUGAUUCAGCAAAUUAAUUUCUCAAGCCCAUCGCGAUUUAAUCUCUGAGGAUUCCAUGAGCAGGUCUACACUGUUUUUAAAAAAACCCACCAAAACUGAUGAUUUGGACAUUCCUUUGAGGGUACCUGAAUGUCGCUUUAAUCAUCUUUCUUGCAUUUUGUUUGAAUGCAUUGCAGUGAAUACCAUCUAUUCUGAGUAGGAUUAUUUCAGGUGAACACAAGAGCAUGCCAGUUUAUAUAUAAUUAGAGCACUGACGUUUCCAGAACGUACCUGCUACGUCAAUCAAAAAUGACGCAUUCACCCGUAAAAAUAAUCUCUGAACUCAUUACACAUUAAACUUUAUAAAGACACUCAUUGCAACUCAUUUCCAAGGAAGGGCCAGUCUCAGAUUGGAAAGCUUUGAUGAAGGACACAAUUUCACAACCUGCUUAAACACAUUAGUUAAUCAGUCCAGAGGCUCGAGAAAGAAGACUAAGCAGAUGGGGUGACAUGAAGAGUGGUGGAAGAUGUUUGUGUGGACCAGUUGACCCCAGAGGCCUGUUACUAUGCAGUAAAUUCAGUGCUGAAGCUUCAUUUGUAAGGAAUCCUGCAAAUUCAAAUAGUGAUGAGAGCCAUUAACCGGCUUGUGAUGGGGGCAGGGUAGUGACAGGGGAAGCAAAAUGUAUGGAUCAGGACUCUGACUAAAAAACUUUAAAAUCCCUGCAGAAGAACAGGUAUCAUUUUCCUCAAACGCAAGUCUGAGCUGUUCAUGGUUAAUGAUUGCUAGGAGUGAGAGCAGGUUUCCACGCAGCUGAAGUGAAAUUGGAAUGAGAAUUGGAACAGCCUCACAGCACUUCAUAAAUUCUAGAGUGGCUUUCAAUCAUUCACUUAUUAUUACUGACACUUGAGAAAAUCCCCAAAUGCAUGAAACCAAACAAGAAACAGAAUUCUGACAGAAUCCAAUUGAAUAAUCACACCACCUGAUGCAUUUCUUUUAAUGUCUUAGAUCUUGAAGCCAGAAUCUAGACUUCUAGGUAAAAUAAGGCUGAUGUGUUGUCUAAGCUGCUGAAAAUGUCUCAAAGAGUAUUCUCAUAGCAGAGAUUUAAUCCACCUGAAAUGUGCCACUUUGCUGUUUUUACUUUGUGUCUCUUUAUCUGGUCUUUUGGUAUUGUGCUUCAUGAGAAAAGUAAAUCACAGCAGUGGGAAGGUAUGCUGUCUGGUUCCUGGCUGUAACUGGUGGACCAGCAUUUCUAAACAAGGAAAAUAAGAAUUGGAGAUUGGGAAAAAAAAAGACAUCUUUUGCCCCAUGGAGGGGACCAUACGUUGUGUAACACUGCCUUACAGGACCUGUCACCUCCACCAAUAGCCAUGAUGGUAGUGACCAAUGGGGGGAAAAGUUGAAUGUGCAUCUGCCAUCUGUGCCACCAUUCUGUGUCAAGUGCUGUGUCCUUGUAUAAUCUUUCCUAGUGCCUUGAAAAUUAUUCCAGUUUGUCGAACUAGCAGGUAUAAAUUACAAAGCCAGGACCGCAAUACUGUCCAACACUGGAAAGAUGCUUUAACAUGUUAGUGCCGUUGUCAGUCCCAACUUGACAUGUGGAACUCACAACUGUGUAGAGGAGCGGCCAAUACGACCAAGGGGAACCUAGGUAAGUACAUGUUGCAGAAGAGAAUUUGAGGUUAUGUUGCUGGGGUAAGAUGGUGCAAGUUGGAAGGAUGUGGAGCAUAAACACCAGUUGGGCCCAAAGGCCUAUUUCUGUGCUGUAACUACAAUGUAAAAUUUCUAGCAUUUGUGUAAAAAGGUAGAAAAACAAUAUGAUUGCUGUUAGGUUCAGAAAAUAUUGCUCUACCAGGUCUGAUCAUAGAGUCUGAAUGUGAGCCACAGAGACCAUUCAUUCCAGUUAACUCACAGCCAUAAUAAUAUAGUUAAACAGGAAAAAGGAUAGUGCUCAUGUACAUGUGGAAUAUAAAGAUGUUUAGAUAUGGUAGACCAUGCUUGUUCCUCUUUCUCCUGCAUAACUUAAAGGCAGAUCUAAAACGAAAAAUAUUAGGUAUAUAUGAUCUGAUUUUAUCACAAAUGUAUACAGGGCAGAUCAUUUGCCCGACACCAGGCUCUAACAAAUACAUUCUCUUGAAGCCCUUCUCUCUGUCUUGCACCCUAAUGACCAUGUUGAGCUGUUUCACGUGAAUAUUCAGAAUCUUCUGGUGCUGUUUCCACAUUCCGUUGGUUCCAGAUUGUGUUGGUAAUCUUGUGGAGUUACUUCGUUACUGUUUUAGGGGAAGUGAGCAAAGUCAGUAUUUAUUGUCCCUUUCAAAUGAAUGGUUUGCCAGGCCAUUUCAGAGGGCGGGGAAGGACCGACCAAAAUAAUGUGGGACUGGGGUCACAUGAAAGCCAGACCAGGAAACGGAGGCAGAUUUCCUUCCCUGGAGGGCAUCUGUGGAGAAAAUAGGUUCCUUACAAUAGUCUCACAUCAAAGAGAUUGGCUUUCGAUUCGAGAUUAGUUAAUUAAUUAAUUUACCGAUGAAUUUAAAUUCCACCAGCUGCUAUGGUGAGAUUAAACCCAUAUCCCUAAGCCUCUGGGUUCUCGUAUUAUGUAAAGUGUUCAUGUGAGGAUUACAAACAGAAGACAACUACCCUUGUAAACCUUCAUUUUAGUGACAGUACCAACUUGGACAGCCACAUUUGAUCCUUACUCCAGGCAUCAAUUUUUCAUCAAUCCUUGAAUGAGCACACAGCACUUGAACCUGAACCCUUUCCCUUGAUUCAGUAUCAUUUGGCUCGUGAUGAUCGAUGUGACUUCCCAGGAACUUUUCUAUACAUUACUGCAGCCUUCUUCCUGAACUAUUUGGAAGCCAGUAGCUGUGAAUUUAUUCUUGAUCAGCUGACCAUAAUGCUCCUCCUGUUCCAACAAGCAAACAGGCGUGUAUUCGUGAAAACACAAAAGUUCUUGUAUAAUUUCUUUGGAGAGCAUUGUUAAUGUUUAUAAUUGUGAUAGAUCAAAUGGUUACCCAUCAGAGGAAAUUCGUAGAUCAUAGGAACUGCAGAUGCUGGAGAAUCUGAGAUAACAAGGUUUAGA